AUGGCCCCUACGCCACCUCAAGACCGCCGACCGAUCGUGAUUUCAGGGCCCUCAGGCGUCGGCAAAGGGACGCCAAUUCAGAAAUUGUUCCAUGCACACCCUGACACCUUCACAACAACCAUAUCACAUACAACUCGCAAGCCACGAGUCGGUGAAGUCGAUGGUACCAUUGCGGACCAGACGGCAAAAGGAUUAGUAAUCGUGUUGGAUAUAGAUGUGCAAGGCGUCAAGCAAGUGAAAGCGAGCCCCGACAUUGAUGCGCGCUAUGUUUUUAUUAAGCCUCCAAGUUUUGAGAAGCUCGAGGCAAGGCUCAGGAGUCGUGGAACGGAAAGGGAAGAAGAUGUGCUGAAGAGGUUGGUGCGCGCAAAAGUUGAAUUAAAAUAUGCUAAUACUCUAGAUAUUUUUGACAUCAUCGUUGUCAAUGAUGACCUUGAAUGGGCAUAUCGGGAGCUUGAAGAAUAUGUAUUUAGGUAG